UUUAAUUAAACAUACUGUUGCUUAUACCGUUCUGUUUUGAGUUAGAGAGUAUAAGAAAGAGGAAGUUCAUAAGGUUAAAGCAGUUGUUGGGGGGGGGGGGAAGUGUUUUUAUAGCUUUAGAACGAAAUCAAUCUAAUCAAAUUAGCAAAAAGAAACCUGUGAAACUGUUCCUAAUAGUAAUACAAAACGAGUCUGAUGGCUUGGCGGAGCACACAAGUCAAACACACUUUUGUUUAUUGCUUUAAGUGUAUACAGAGAUCGUAGGUUCCCUUGAAGGGUACACACACACACACUAGUUAAUGACUUGCUGUUGGGAAUGUUUCUUCCAGAGGAUUACUUUCACAAUAUUGCCUUCAUACUUUUUGUUUUAAUUACGCGCUUCGUUAAAUCUAAAUCAGAUGUGCUCAAUUGCACCGUUUCUGAAGACUGUAAUGUAGGUCAAGUUCAGGCCCUCGUUUCUGAUGCAGAGACAGCGUCUGCUGAUUUCUACCUGACGAAGGACAAGCAUGAAGUACUUUCCUGUAGACGGUCUUCAAAAUGUGACAUUUCUUCAAGAUACAACGAUAUAACUGUGGACGAUGCCAUGAUCAACGGAUCACGUGUGAUUGUACUGACCAUGCAUUUACUAAAUGGACGUGUGUCUCCUGAAGGACUUUGGUCACUGCAUUACCUUCACCUUUCAAAGCUGAAUAUCCAAAAGACGUGUUAUUUAGAUUUCAAAGAGAACCUUAUUUUUAGAAUUAAUGGACACAAGGCUCAGACCAUGGACGUGAAAGAAGCCAGUGAUUUGACGUUUUUGUGUCGACUUAAUCAUCUUGCUGUUGAUUUAUUGACUAUCACAAAAGAUGGAUGGAAAUUGGUCGACAGUCGAAACGAAACUUUACAUUUCGAAAACCCUCAAGUCGCUUGUAGAGACUCGGGAACUUACCAGUGCCUUGGAUCUAAUGUAAAAUCUUACGUCUCAAGCAUACGUGUUUUGUGUGCACCAACAAUAAUUGAUCGACCUUUAAAUAGAGAAACAGUUUUUCCAAAUGAUAUCAUAGAUUUAAAAGUCAGAGCCAACCCAGCGCCAGUGUUGAUGGUUAGUUGGUAUGGAACACAGUCAUUUUUUAACUGUAGUGUUACAUUUCCUAAUACUGAAAAUCAGACGAAAUAUCUGUGUCAAGAGACUACUCUGGAAAUUACAUUAGCAAAGCUUCGGCAGUUUCACUGGGAUGUCACACUGUCCAAUUUUCAAGAUAUUGCUCUAAAUGGAACUAUAGACCUUGUCAUCAGCAACGGGGUACGACCUGAUUCCCUACUUAGAUUUCGCGUUGACCAAAAUAGUAAGUAGACCAGGUAAUAGACAUUUUAAUAUAAUCUUUGUCACAUGUAAAUUAUGAGUGAGUCUGGUGUGAAUGUACACUUUGGUUUCUUAUAGUUGUAAUGUUUUUUGUUUGGUGUAAUGCACAAAUUGUUAGACAUAUUUCCAUACGGACAAUAAAGAUUAUUAUUAUUAUGUUAGAAAUGAACGAGUAGUCAUUCUCUGGCACUGCCAGGGUCGAGUUUCGCUAAAGAGAAACAAAAUUCAUCGUAGUCCCUUUAAAAGUUUCCACUGAGGAAUUUUCUGGUGAUGUGGCAGGUCUGCAGCAGUACCGCCCUCUGACAGGCAACGAGGAUGUUCCUAGAAAUGUUAAGGGCCUUGAAGGUGUCUGUGAGGUCAGUUGUUAUUAUCCCCUCGGUUGAUAUAACAAUGGGGUAUAUUGUUAUUUUGGACAAUUUCCAUAGACGCUUCAUCUCCAAGCCUAGGUUCCCAUAUUUUCUUUGUUUUUCUAUCUCAGUUUUUCUUAAGUCACGUGAUUCUCUAUAUCUUCUAUACAAAUUAUAAUUAUUAUAGCUUUUAUAAAGCGU